UAUAGUCGUCUGUUCCAUGAUUUACAUUACACGGCUCGCGUAGGACGGAGUGUGUAAUCUCGACGUGUUGUCAAAUUAUUGUCAUCGGAACCAAAGACGGCCAUAUCAAUACACUUUUUAUAAUAAUAGCUAGCGUAAUAUCAUUGCGUACCCGUAGUUAUAAUUCGCAACCCGUAUUGUGUUAUUCAUUGGUUGUUCGAUGUGUUUUAACUUUUUCAAGCUGAUAGAUAAUAACAAGAUAUUAUAAUAAUAACAUACCGUUCGUUUUCAGCAAUAAUAAUUGAUAAACCCGAACUUAUUCAAUUGUUUUUCGUUGCUCCCGCCAACUAUGGCUCGGCUCGCAGUCCCCUGACACCGAUCUGUACGCGCACAUACGCAUUCGAUUUCGCACCGAGUGAGUACUAUGUACAAUAUUAUGGCCGCUUGCGAUUCGGGCACAGAACCGUAUGAAAGUUGGGAAGCUCUGGACGAUCCGUCUGUAAGUCACGUUAACCGUUUCAUUAUAGUUUGGUUAUCUAAGUACAUUCAUUGACAUAUCGGUUGACUGGUGUGUCAUGUGUUCGAUUUAACUCCGUAAAUUAGGCUAAUCCAUGAAAACUGUGCCUACCUAUUCUGCUGCGGUAACACUUAUGUGUAUUAUGUAGUCUGAUGACCAUUUUCUGUUUUCAUUUUCAUGUAGGUUCUCAGUACACAGAUUAAGAAAAUGCAAUUAGCUUCUGCAACUAAAAAUGAAAAGUGACUACCUAUUUUUAUUUAAUACUUUACCCAUUAUUAUAUACACUAGUGCUGUGUAUACUAUUUGUGGAAAUCUAAAACAUUUUUUUCUGUAUAAAUAUUUUUAGCAAUAGCAAAGUUGUAAUACUGCCACCCGGGCUACAAUUAUCGUACCGCCAUCAACCAAUGACAAUCCCUCAACAGCCCACUGUUAAAAUUCUUAAACGACCACAGAAAAACAAUACUGCAAAUGAAAAUGCUGAUAAACCUAAAGUACAAGUUAAAUCACUGGAACAAGUAUGAUAACAAAUUUAAAUUACAAAUUUGUCUGAAAUUGAUUAAUUGCUAAUAUACAUAUAUAUAUAUAUAUAUUAUAAUAUUUUUAUUAGAGAAAACAAGAAUAUGCAGAAGCUAGACUGCGAAUAAUGGGCGAAGAGCACGAAGAAGAAAUUAAUGCUGAUGAUGAAGGGUAAAUUUUUAUUAUUUAUUUAAAUCUAUAGUAUUAGGGGUCUUUAAAACAAAUCACAAUGUUAGCUUAGUCAUAAUACAGAUAUUAAUACUAAAAUAAGAUAAGGACCUAUAAGGUAGGAACCUGAUCGAGGCAUUUCUAUAGAAUGCUAAUGUAUGAACAUUUCUGUUCACUUUGAUUAUUUUUCAUUUAGUUUUAAUGAAAUUACUAUAAAAAAACAAAACAACAUUGAUUUCAAAAGAAAUUUGUCUGAAGGUUUUUUUUUUAUAUUUACUUCCGUUGUAAAGAAGAUGAAUACAAUAAAUACCAUAAAAUGACCUCCUUAAUUCAAGACUAGAUUACAUUUGUUAACAGAUAAAAAAAAAGCCAAUCAAAAAAGCACAUAGUAAAACUAUUAUUGAAAUGUAAUGAAACAUGACAUUUUGAGUAUAUUUUUUUCACAUCUCUAUAAUAUAUUUACCAGGUUAUUCAAAACCAGACUGAAUCCUGUCAUUUAGCUUGACAGACUUCCACAAAUAUUUCACGCUCUUAAAAUUCUCACAAAAACAAUUACACAAGGACAUACUACAGUCACUGAUGAUUGACCUACAUGUUUCUUAAUACUCAUUACUAAAAAUGUUAGACAAAUGAAUUAUAUUAAUAUUAUAUUUAAAUUAAAAAAAAAAAAAUUAUACAAUUCUUAACUACCUAGUUGACCUGUGUAAAAAUGUUGUAUUUUGAAUUUAAACAUCAAUUUCUAAUGUUGAUUUUUUUAAAAAAAAUUAAUAGAUUUUAUAGUUCUAAAUUCACAAUUCAUGAGCAGAGAAGAACUUAAUAUUUAAAAUGCUACCUUAAUUAUAAUUUUGGAUAAGUACAAAAAGAAAAAAGGGAUCAUAACAAAAACACAUCGUUUUGAAAUACAGUAAAAACUGUUUAUUAGGAACACUGGGACCAAGGUGAAACAAGUUAAUUAAUCGAUUGUUUCUAAUAAACGAUUGGUUUUAAUAUACAAUUGAUUUAAUAUAUGACCAGUUCUUCCAUAUACAUUUUGUUUCAAUAACGCAAUUGUAUCAACUAUCCGUGUUCUUAAUAAGCAUCUUUUACUGUAUAACAUAAGAUUUAAAAAAGUUUGAAAUUUAAACUUUACAAUUUUCGAAUUCUUAUUUGUUUAAAUUAUGAGUUUAUAGGAAAUUUUUUGAUUUUAUGUUUUUAGUUGUAGUCAAAAACAGAUUUAAUUGUAUCUUGCUUUUUAGGCGUAACUGUCAAUUUAUUGUGUUAUAAAUUGUUAUUAAAGAAAAAAUUAAUCGGCAAAUAGUUUGUUUCUUAAGUAAUUGGGCUUAUUCAACAGAUGUGGAUAAACAUUUUUAUUGUAAUAAUUUGUUUUGGUAACAUUUAAUACACUUUUAUUUGAUUAUUUUUUUCAAUUGAUUCAAAUAAUAUCAAAUGUUAAAUAAUGAAUGCACUAUAUUUAUUCAUGAGUACUCAUAUAAAAUAAUUUAUAAUAUUAUGAAACAUUCUUAUUACCUUAAAGUGUUUAAAACAAAUUUAGGGACUGUACAUCAUAAAUAAGUUUACUAAUAAUUGUUAAAAGCCUAAUAAAAAUAACAAUAAAUAAGUAAAACAUAAUAAAAUAAAAUAAGGUGUAUUAAUAAUAUAAUAAAGCUAUUUAUGAUGGUUGACUCCUUUGAUGGUUGUAAAGUGCUUCAGAAUGGUUUAGAUGAAUUUUUCAAAUAAGGAGAUCCUUCGAGUUGUCCCUAACAAUCAUGUCUUAUUUCACAAGUUGAAAUCCUAUUGUUUUCUCAUACUCAAUGAUUCUGAACUCCACUCUGUUAAUAUUGCUUGAGACUUGGGUUUGUCUUUGUUCCCUCACAUUCCAUACGUUAUCAUAUUGACCACAUCACAUUCAAAUUAUUCAAAACUAGGUUUUUUUUUAAAAGAUCAGCUGGUGAAUUUAAACUGACUUAUUCCUUAAGUUUCUAUACUGUAUUUUGGUUCGGUCAAUACUUGAAUAUGGCUCAGUUUUAUGGGACCCACAUUAUAUAGAUUAUAUAUGACAGGCGUCAAUUCAAACGGGUUCAAAUAAAAUUCCUAAGCUUUGUUUGCCAUAACUAUACCACUAUUCUUAAUUUAAUCAGCUUAUCUUUAUUUUUAACAUUCCUUAUACUUGUAACUUAACUUUUCUUAACGAUCUCUAAAAUUAAUUUCCCCCUGCUUUUCUCUCGUUCAUCAACUUUAAGGUGACAUUACAUUCCACUCACAAUUUCUCAUUUCACUUUGCUUAAUCAAUUAUUUAUUAAUAAACUGAUGAACCAAAUUAUAAAAUAAACAAAUGAAAACCCCUACUUCUAUCAAAUAUAAUUUUGUUUGUAGAAUCUCAGAAAUAAUAUUGUAUGUACUGCAUAUAUUUAUUGUAAACUGGGCAAAGCCUAUACCAUAUCAUAAAACAAAAUAAAAUUUCGCUUAUAUUUUAUUUUGUUAAUAAAUAUAUGUAUAAUACUUUUUUGAUUGGUUUAUCUAUAAUUUUUCAAUAUUUUUAUCUUAUUGUGUGAUUAUUUUAUCCUUACAUACUCAUAAUCUCUAAAAAUAUUAAAUUUUUUUGGAAUUUGUUUUAUACAAAAUUUAAGAAACCAGCAGCUCUACAAAUUUACAUUUACAUAAUUUUGUCACCCUAAUAUUUUAGUGUGAAACGACUUCCUAAUUUUGAUUUUCAAAUAGCAAUCUAUAUUAAAAUAUCCAUAAAUAGAUGGAGUAUUAGUUAAAAUAAAUUUUAGUAUAAAAUUUUUAAUUUUUGUCAAUUUGUUGAUGAUAUAUUCUACUUCUAAUUUUGGGUCAAGGGAGAGUAGGGGAGCAUCAUUUGUCUUGUGGCACAGAAUGUGGCGUUUGCACCACUACAACCUUUCUCUGACCCAAAUUUAAAAUUGGAAUAUCUCAUCAAUGAAUUGACAGAAAUCAUAAAUGUUAGCAUCACAAUUUAUUUUAACUAUUAAUACUCCAUCUAUUUAAAGCAUUUUUAUAUAGGGUGUUAUUUGAAAAUCAAAAGUAGGUAGUCUUUUCACCUGUGAAAGGGUGACAAAAAAAAAUAAAAAUGUAACAUUUUAGAACUCUUUGCUUCUUCAGUUUUCAAAAAUAGUUAAAACUUUUUAUAAUAAUAAAACAAUAAAAAAAUCACCUAAUUAUAUCAAACAAUUUAUUAUUACUUUAUUCAAAUUUUUGUUAUAGUGUAUUUUAUUUGUUAAAAAAUCAAAAUUUUAAAUGCUUUAAAUAAUUAUUAUUUGUAUAUUUGAUUUUUAAUCAUUUAUCUGUAUUUUAUUGUUACGGUUUUACUUAAUAAACUAAAUUUAUUUUAUUUUUGUAGAGCUAGUUCUUCAGGCAGUACAAAGUUUGAAGUUCUCCGUCAGCCAAUAGUGCGUUCAGCCAUUGAAGACAAUGUCAUUAGACAGCCUCGUGGACCCGAUAAUACCAAAGGUUUUAAUCAUCGUAGCUAACCCUAACAUUUAAGAAUAUUUAAUAUAAAUAAUUUUUGAAUUUUGGGUUUUUUUCAUAAUAAAAUUAAUAUAAUCUAUGUUUUACUCUUCUAAUAUUUAGUUGCAAAUAUUAAAAACUAGAUAUUGAUUAUACUUCUGGAAUUCAACUUCUGUUAAUACUUUUGAUAACCCAAAAUUGGUGUACACUGUGUUUAUCAAUGAAUAGUCUAUACACAUUUAAUUAAUGAAAACAUCUAGUCAGAUGAAAUUGGUUGAGAUACAUAUUUUUUUCUUUUAAAGUUAAAGUGAAGAUAUAUUUUAUAAUUGUACAUUCAAAUGUAAAUAAGAUAAGCGUGUGCUCAAUUGACACACUCUAUUUUGUUGAUCAAUUAUGUUUAAGUAUUUUUAUUCCAGACCAUAGAUAUUAAAUAUAUGGACGAGCCACUCCUUUAUUUAAUACAUUGUAGGCUGUAGACCAAGAGGGACAAACAUUAGAAGCACCACUAGGAUCCUAUUGUACACACGUAAUAGAAAGGGUAGUCUAUAUUUUAGAACUUUUGAAAUUGUGUGUAAUAUAUUAGAGAGGAAUCAAUUUUGAGAUUGAAAUUGACUUUUUUAGAGUUUUUAUAUAUUUUCCGAAUGGUUGAAGAUGUAAUAAAAUUAAUUUUUUAGAAAUUUUACAAAACUUUUUUCUGUGAUCUUUAACAACUUUAAAAAGAUAUUAAGCUUAAACUGCUAGCAAAAAUUAGAAAAUCAAAAUUUUCCAAUGCAAAAUAUGGAAAAAAUCUUAAAAUCCAGUAAUAAAACUUGGAAUUUGUAAUAUACACUAUGAGGUCACGGUUUAUCAGUAAUUAAGUCAAUUACCGUCUCCAUUUUGAUUACAAACAUUAUGAUUUAAUAGUGUAAAUCUAACAACAAAUUCCAAGGUUUGCCUGUCCAAAUUAAGCAUUUUUCAAAUUUUGACUUUUCAAGUUUUGAUUUUCCAAUUUUUUCUGAGUUUCCAUAAGCUUAAGUAAUUUUAAAGUUGAAUUCAAAUAAAUAUUUCUGAUUUAUCUUUUACAGAGGAGACAGUUGCUGAUAUUUUUAAGAUGUUAAAUAUACCUGUUGAAAAAAAUCUACCUCUUUAAUAACGUUUUUCCCCCUUGUGACAAGUCAAUGGGCUGAAUUGUUGUCCUGGUUAAAUUUAACGCACUCAAAAAAUACAAGUGGCCUAUCCAUAUAUUUAAUAUCUAUGUUCCCGACAAACCCUGCUAUCAUAUUUUAUUCAACAAACUAUAAUGUAUUAAAGUUAUAGGUAUCAUAUUAAUCAUACCCUACUUUACCAACUUCACCUUGAGACAAAACAUAAUAAAAAUUUUAAUUCCUAGCAAUUGUUUAUAUAUAUAUAUAUAUAUAUUUUAUUUGGAUCAUUGUUGAUUUUCGUUCAAGUUUUGAAUAAAUGCAAUUUCAUUGUUGUAAUUGCUUAUUGUAAAAUAAUUUUUUUAUAUUUAAACCGCUGUAAAUGAAUAUGGUGAAGGUGUUAAAAUAUGUAGAGGAAUUUAGAAUUAGGUACCUUAUUUAUAUAUACUACAUGCAUACAGGCACGUAUACAAGAGGAUAGAGGGUAAAGGUUUAACUUUUACAAAAAUUGAAAAAUGCUACUUUCAUAUCACUCUAUACUAGUUUUAUAUUUCAAAAUGUUUAAUUUGUUUUAUUAUUACACCCCCUCCUCCUCUCGAUUUUUGUAUGUAUACGUGGCUGCAUACAUAAAUACAUAUUAUAUAAGUAUGUAUUUAUGUGUAUUUGUUUAUGAAUAUUAAAUAUAUAUAUAUAUAUUUAUAUAUAUAAGGGUGCCAAUUAUUUAUAUAGUAAAGAUAUUUUUAUUUAAAUUUUGAAAGAGUGCUGGCCAGAAAUUUGUUUCAAUACACCUAAAAAUAAGUUUCGUAAAUUUUACGCCCAAUUAAGCAAAUUUAAGGUUGCUGCUGCAGGUGCUCAAAGUUCCGUGAAAAAAGUAAAAUUUUAAUUUUUGGCUUAUAAUUGAUCAAUUUUUAAAUUUAUGAAAUAAUCAUAUAGAAUCAUUAUUGUAGACCUAGUAAUUACCUAAAAAUAAGUAUCAAAGUAUUUCUUUUCAUUAUGUUAACUUUUUCUUGUGAUAUCAAAACAUAUAUUCAGAAUAUGCUCAUUACUUUUAUUUUUUGAAGAAUUCUUGAUUUUAUUUUUUUGAGAUUGUUUUAAAAUAAUAAAGUUACCAAUAAAUAGUACAUAACAACUAUUGUAGUAAUGUGUGUUUUCUUAAAAUAUUACUCUUGUAAAAUUUAUAAAAUAAAAGAAAGGGACAAAUCGCAAAAUUAUUUUAUUCUUUUUAAUAUAAUAAAAAUUUGAAUUAUAAAACAAUUAUAACUAUUAAAUUUAUUAAAAUGAUUUUUUAAGUAGGUAUGUUUAAUGUUGAUGUUUGAUAUUUUUCAAUCUUGUACGGUUUAAAACAUAAAAUAAAGUAAUUAAAUAAAAUUAAUUAAUUUUUGAUAUAUUUACUUGCAAUAUAAAUUACUUCUGUUCAUCUUUUGUUAGUUUUUGACUAAAUUCUUCUAUUAAUUUUAUUUCUUUUUCUAAAGCAUCAUUUACCAUUAAUUUCUUUAUUAUUUCGUCAUAAAAAAUAAAACCAAGAGUUCUUCAAAAAUAUAAGCAAUGAGCAUAUAUUUUUCUCAAUUUCACAAGAAAGAGUUAACAUAAUGAAAAAAAUGCAUACAUACUUAUUUGUAGAUAAUUACUAGGUCUAUCGAUAAUGAUUGUUAACUAUUACAAGUCAAAAAUUACAAUGUCACCUUUUUUCAUAAAACCUGAAGCUUAAGUCCGCAUCUGUUAAAUAUUUUUAAUCGAGCUUAAAAUUUAGAAGACUUACUUUUAGGUAUAUUGAAAUAAAUUUCUGGCUGGCACUACUUAAAUUUUUAACUUUGAAAAUAACUGGCACCCUAAAUUAUAUAUAUAGAAUAGAGUUAUAUUUUUAAAAAUAAAUUAAAAUACCACUGGUUAACAUGUAUAAUUUUUUAUAAAACCAGUAAUAUAUUAUAACAUGGUUAAGAGAUUAAUGUUAAACUUAUAAUAAUUGCUAUUAAUAUAUUAUUAUUAUUUUUGUCUAAUUUUAUCUUACCCAGAGUUUGACAAUAAAUUAGCCCAGUUAAAUUGUUAUUUAUUAUUGUUACAUUUAAAACUCAAUAAUUAUAAGAAUAAUUUUUAAAAUAGAAAUAAUUUAUCCAGUGUUCCUGAUUAGGACAGCGACCUUUGAUGAUCUUAUGAGAAUGGUAAACUUGUGCUUGAAUUGAGUAGUUCGCUUCUGGUUGGUAACCUUUUUUUAACUGGACACCAUGAUGUAGCACAUAGCUGGUUGGGUUUACCCUCUUUGUUACACAAACAUAAGUUGCAAAACCCCACAAAUACUAAUUCUCCUUUGUUGCACGGACCUAAAAUUAGAAUUAUUAUUUAUUUAAUUACAGUUUUUCAUAAGACUAUAAUGAAUUAGAGUUAUUCGAUUAAUUACUGUA